AAAUCUUCGAUUUAAAAAACCGUCCGGCUGCUUCUACUACUUCCGAGUCCUCCAAGUCCUCUUAUUCCAAGUAAGUCUUUCUUCUUCCUCGAGUCAUGUCUGACCACGAAGACAGCCAGAACCCUUCCGCCCAUUCUUACGGUUCUGGUGACCGGGCUCAGACCUCCGGUUCCUCCUCUUCUUCAUCCUCUGAUUCUGAGCGCCCGGCUACUUCUCUACAAAAGAAGCCGGUUGAUGCUUCAACUUGUGCUCCUUCUUCUUCCGUGGCGCAAGUGAUCUCGGUUGCCCAAUCUGGGGAUGAGGGCUUCGUUCUGCUGGACGACCGGUUUCUUCAAACGCAAUCGUCGGUCAUGCAGAAGGCCCAGGUCCACGAGGUGCGCAACCUGAUGCCGGACGGGUACCAAUUAACUUACCGGGAAACGUGGAAGAGCAUUAUUCCUCUCCACGCCGGUACGUCGAUUGGUAUUCAUUACCACUCAAUCAAGGACCUCGACGAAUUCUCCAUUCACCCAUUCAAAGUCCUUUUCCUUGAAACAUAUGGUAUCAUGCCCGGGCAGCUGGCCCUUAAUGGUCACCGUUUGUUGGGCAGCUUCAUCAAUGUCUGCCGGUUCCUUCGUAUUCCUCUUUCCCUUCGUCUCUUUGACCACAUGUUCGAUGUCCGGCCCGGGUCCAAGGAGCCCCUUGGAUUCGUGGUGGUGUCUUCUCACCAAGGUCGGGCAUUUCUCUGUGGCCUUCCUCCCUCCAACAAGAGGUGGAAGGACAAAUAUGUCUGCAUUAAAUUCCCCCCGGCUGCCUUUCCUUUUGCGCAAAAUGUCUGGGGGAAAAGAAUGAAGCGCCAGGUCAAACCAACAGAGGCCGAUGACCUGGUUGCCUGGGAAACCACUCUCCAAGCCGGGGAUGCCUCCACCCGCGGUCUUUACCAUGUCGGGAAGUGGAGCGUCUACCCCGGCUGGGAGACUGACCCUGAGCCGGAGAUUGUCCUGACUGGGGUGAUCCCCGAAGCCAUCCCCAUCAGCCGGGCAAGGGGAUCCAAAGCCCUGGCCACAGCCACCGCCGGUCCUUCACGCCCGGCGAAGAAGAAGAAGGAGAAAGUGGUGAAGUUCCAGUCGAAAUUUGCCACCCCAAAAAUCGUCGCUGAGGAGCCUUCCACCGCCCAGCUUCUCAGCCAACCUCCGGUCCAACCAGUCCCUUUAGACGAGCAGCCGGCCCAGUCUCAACAGGGGACCAGCCAGCCCAUCCACUCCGGGGAACUCUCCAUCAAUGUAGAUACCCUGGAGUUCGACCAGCUGAUGGAGGCUGGUCAAGAAAACCAGCUGGCCGAGGGAGGCCACGAAGAAGAGGAGGCUGCUGAAGAGUCCCUUAAAAGGAAGAGGCGGAAGAAUGAAGUGGUCGACCAGCCGGCUCAUCAAGCAGCCCAGUCCUCCGAUGCCGGCAAAAGGCAAAGCCAGCCCCGGUCAAUGGCUCUAAUGUCUAGAUCGGACAAAGAGCUCCUCCAAGCCUUCCGCGCCGACCUGACUGAGGUCGGUCGGAUUGGCGAGGAGUACUUCACCCGGCUGGUGAAGUCAAGGGACGAGGAAAAGGCCCGGAUGGAGGCCAUGAUGGUCGAAUGCCGGAAAGAGGCUAAGGCCGCUUUUGAGAAGGCGGCGAAGGCAGAGGAGAAGCUGAUGGACCAUUGUGCGGUCUACCGUCAGCUGUAUGCAAAGCAUGACGGUCUCCUCAAGGCCGCGAAGGAGGCCGAUGAGCAAGCUCAGGCAAAGAUCCAACAGCUUGAGGCCGAGAACGCCCGGUCGGCUGAGGAAAUUGCCCGGCUCGGAGACGAGCUGGAGAAAGAGCGCUCGGAAAGGGCUCCUCUUGCUGCUGCCUGGGCUGUCCAGGCGCCCGAGGAGUUUGCUGCCCAAGCACUUCCUGAACGGGAGACUGCCAUCCGCUUCUUCCAAGGUUUAUACAAGCAUGAGGUCUCGGCCGGGAUCAUUGACGAGAUCGGAACCUACGGUUUCGAAAGCGGUCAGUACGAUGAACGGCGAGCUCUGUAUGGUAUCCUUGAGCAGCGGAUUCAAGGUUUUCAGCCCAAGGCUCUUUCUCUGCCUGAGCUGCAUGAUGAGGCACCGGUCGCGCCUUUCCCGGGCAUCUGAUUUCCGAGCCUUUUUUACUUUCUUUUUUUUUUGUUUACCUCCCGUGUGUAAUGAUCUGCCUCCGGGCAUUUUUGUAACACUUAAAUAUUAUUUCAAGUGUUUUUCUCCUAAGACACUUAAGAUUUUUAACCGUUUAGAUUAGUAAAUACAGCCCGACCGCAUUUACCCGGUUUAAAAUACAAUUUUACCCAAGGCUUUUCGAAAGGCUGGGUGGUCGACCGGGAAGACUUUGAGUUUCAUUAAUUUUCUUCCGGUCGGUUAAUAACCUGCAAUGGCGUAU